AUGAGGGCUAUUUACUUACUCGUGUUCCUCAUCUAUAGUGGAAACUGCGUCAAAAUACCCAUUGCCGGCCCAAAAUUCAGUGAAAAACUUAUCCAAUGCGUCAUAGGCAUAAUAAGAGAAUACUUCACAGGAUCAAAAGUAAUAACAUACGUUGGCAACUCGUAUCAGAAUGAGGAACUUCUGAAAGCUCUUAAUAACGCUAACAUUAUGUCGGUGAUUACAAGACGAUCCACGAUAAAACGGACGAGUAAACACCAAGCAUACCUUAUUACUGCGAGUAACGCUACUUUCUUUGCUCAGCGGUUUAUCAAAACUACUAAAGAACCAUCAUGGAACCCAAACGCCCGUUUCUUAAUCAUUGUAACUGAUCUGGAUGGUGAUCUGAAGCUCAUGUUCAAUACUUUUCUAAAACUGCACGCUAAUAAUGUAAUAGUUGUGAAUGCAACGGAUGACGCUCAUCUAUACUCUUACAAUCCAUUUGAUAACUACAACUGUGGAAAACACUACGAUGAAAUCAUCGAAUAUGGAAAGUGUUCAAAGGCUCACGCAUAUGAUCUAUAUCCAAAGAAACUCGUAACAGGACUGAAGAAUUGUACCUUCAAUAUCCUGAUAACCCAAUGGCCUCCGUACACGAUCAUAAAUACGAAUGAUUCAAAUAAUGACGACCCACUAAAAAGUGGGGCGGAGCCGUAUCUAUUCCAACUAAUUGGAGAAAAACUGGGAUUCGAUAUAAACAUUUUAACGAAUACUAAUGACAGUGAAGAAUUUCCUACAGUAUCAUCCGAAAUGACCGCGGUUGGAUCUCUGAAACGAGUGCAAGAUAAUGAAGCUGAUGUAGUCUUAGGCGGAAUGUUGCUGACCCCAUCCAGAGCACUGGCAUUUUCUUACUUAUACGGACACUUUGUCUACACGGAUGAGAUAAGGUUUGUGGUGAAAAGAGCGUCAGACGUAGCCAACUGGAAAUAUAUCUACCUGGAAUUCGAAUCUACUGUGUGGCUGCUCUUAUUGCUAGCUCUCAUGAUAUACUCAAUGCUCGCAAUGAUCCUUCUACGUACGAAUGACAAGAGUUAUGUGGCUUUAAUUCUUCUGGGCAAUUUAGUCCUUCAUGGACGCUCACUGCGUACUCGGUGGUCUGUGAAAUAUGUUCUGAUAAUAUGGGUGGUGUUUGCGUACUUGGUGAACACAUUCUACCAAUCCAGUCUGGUCAGUUUGGUCACGCAUCCUGUCCGCGAUUAUCAAAUAUCAACCGAAGAAGAUAUAACUAAAUAUCAGCUCAAGCCAUGCUUCAGUUCCAUAAUGGGGAAGUAUUAUGUAGAAUCAGUGCAAUCAGGGACAGGUUUUGACGUAACGCACGGGUGUUAUGGCUUAAUGGAAAGCGUGACUACAGUUUCGCAAUCGAACAAUAUGUUUACGAUACUCCUUUAUGGGGUCUUCCAAUAUCAUGAGCAGAAGUUUUUUGAUGAAUACGGGAAUCCUUUGAUAAUUUCGUUGCCGAAGCCGUAUUCUAAGGUGAUAUACUCUAUGUACAUGUAUAAAGGGUUUCCAAUGAUGGAUCAGCUUCGUCACAGGGCGCUACAACUAAGGGAGAAUGGUUUGGUCGAAAAAGUCAUGCGUGAUAUGAUUUUUAUGAAGCGCAUAAAGCAUAGUUACCACAAGCGUGAGUACGUCCCGAGAUUUGCUAUACCAUGGCUCCUUUACUUUGUAGGGUGUUUAGCUUCCAUCAUUACUUUUGUGAUUGAAAUUAUUUCGAAACGUAAUAUUCAUACAGGGGCAUAG